AUGCAGCGACCUUACGUCUUCAUGUUUCCACACCAGUGACCGAGCACCAUGGCGAUAUCGAACGUGUCAUUUGACACCCUGGGUCCUUUCCUAGUGUGGCAGUUCCUCAUACCCAUCGCAGCAGGAUGGGCCCAAUCCAUUCUCUAUAGCAUCUUCAUUCGCGCAGGCGACCCGAAACCGCAGCCCGGUACUCCGCGCUUUAUCAAGCAUCGCCGCAACAUCCUCAUAGCCAUCUACGCCGCCUACUUCGCCUUCACCAUAUACGAAGUCGACUUCAACCUGCAGCGCUCUAGCAAUGCAUACAACGACCUCGGCGUACCGCUAGAUGUCGACGAGAGCGCACUAAAUACGCGAUUCAGGAGGCUGACCAUUCGAUAUCACCCAGAUAAGAUUGGGCCGAACGUGGAUAGGGACAGGGCGAAUGACUUCUAUGUUCAUUUGAAGCGAGCCAAAGACAUCAUAAUCGAUCCUGUGAAGCGAUUCGCAUAUGACCGCUUCGGACCGAGCAUCUUUGCGCAAUGCCAGAGUUGUUUGACCAUCAAGGACUACACAGACAGCGCACUGCUUACUACCGCUACGACCUACGGCGUACUCCUCAUCGUUCUAGUCGGCGCAAAUGCCCUCGGCUUCCUAACAGACGGGUCGUACUGGCGCUACCUGGGACUUCUCGCUGUUGCGACUUUCGAGAUCCGUACCGCUCUUCGCCCAGACUAUCCUACUUUCCUCUCGAAAUACCUGAACCCCUUCGUCGCACGAACCAACCUCCGUCCCGCAUACCUACCCUUUCAAGUCAUCACCAUAUUGAAGAAAGCUGCGAUCUCCCUCACGCAGUUUCUCGGUCUACUUAUGCCACUUUACCGAAGCGACCCCCAACAUGCCGCGAAAGCCAACGACGAUACCGAAGACACUCGCCACAAGCAGCUUGAUCGUCUCAGCGCGCUUGUCGCUGAGAGCAAUAAGGAUGCGAACAGACUGCUGGAGCUGGAAAGUGUACCAUAUAGGGACAACGAGAGGGCAAAGGGUGAGCUGAGGGAAGCACUCAAGAAGUACAUGGUGCAGAAUGUGGUACAUCAGGAGAAAGAGGUGAGAAAUGCAAUGGGCGAGGUCAUGAUGCGACGAAGGGCAGGUGCACCACACGGAGCCGUGGGUACAAAAUAGAAAUAAAUCAAGCCGAUCGAUACUUGCUAUCAAUCCGCGGCAUUUCUUAUUUUGUCUUAUGGACGCAGCAAGAACCACGUUUCUAGAUUCUGUUUACCAUCCCCUGCUGCCUGGGGACUCUACUCAGAAUCUCCAGUUGAUAGUCUGAUAACAUGGUUAGAUAAUGGCAGAUUAAGAAGGUAGGAUAGAAGAUCGCUAUGCGCUGGGGCAAAUUCUGUCUCUAUUAGGAUAUAUCGCAGGUCAAUGAGCGGGUGAUUAGUGCCAUGG